CAUCCUUCUAUUUUACUCCAACCACCUUGUGGAGUGGUGGAGCGGAACUGCGGCUGAGCCUUGACGAUCCUGCACGCUACGGGAACGGAAUUAUGCUGGUUUUUCUUGCUGUCUUGCUUGCUGGUGUGUGUGUGUUAGUUGUUCGGAUGAGGGAUAUUUUUGGGCCCCAGAACGGUUGGUGUCGGAUCACUUUACUACUCCAUACUAUUGCUAUUAUUAUUCUACGAGGGUUUUCGGAUGAGUGGGAUGUGAUGAAAUGAUUUUCAAUUUAUUAGAAAUAUCCAAUUACUCACUCACUCACUCACUCACUCAUUCAUGUAUCUUACUUAUUCCCAUUGUAGGGCAAAUAGGUAGACCACAGAUAGCUCCCCACCACACCACACCUACUUACUUCUUAGUUCUUACUUCCG